UUCAUCAGUAGAUAUGUAUCUCUGUUCUGUUCAGUUAAACGAUAUCCUGGAGACAGCCAGGAACCUGGUGAGCCUGCUAGGCGCUAUGGAUCGUAGCUCUAGUGCUGCUAGCCCUCAGGGUCAGAGCAGGCAGGUGCAGGUGGAAGGGCAGGGCCAUGUCCAGGCAGGGCAAGGGAAUGGGCAGCCUUCUGGGGCACAGCCCCAAAAUGGGCAGCCUGAAGGCCGUCGCUCUGUACAGCAGGAGUUGACGAGGGAGGCGAGGGGCAGAAAGCGGUUCAUGCCCUACGGAAAGCCCCAAAGAAAUUUCAUGGUAAAUUUCUUCCUGCUCGACGAACAGCGCCUCAGGACCCCUACUGGUGAGGAGGAGCUGCAGCUGAUGCUGGCUGGCCUGGGGAAGCGGUGUGUGAGCGUGUCAGAGGACGCUUCACACUCCAAGUUGACAGAUUUACUGUUGGAGGCCUUUCCCAAGUUAGCCGGCGUCUCUGGAGGCUGGAUGGUACAUAAAUCCUCAGGUGGAGGUGGACAACGAAAGCUAGUGGUGGUGCCUCCGGAGUCGGAGGGUUACAGUGGGCAGCAAAUAAGAUCCGCUUGCAAUAAUGGGAAGUGCAACCUUUACAUUGCCCCCAUUCAAGAACAGAUUGAUAUUACUCCAUUACCUCCUGAUGCGAAGGAAUUUAGGAACAUGCCAAAGGCGGCUUGUGGGAAAUGUGGCGUUAUGGUGCCUCUUCAGGGACUACCGGGGCACAUCAGCAAUUGCAGCAGCGUAGAGGACAUAGAGGAUUUAUGCAGUUCCUCGGAGGAGGAAGGUGAUCCAAUGACUCAAAUGACUGCAGAAUGUCCUGUGUGUGGCAUGGCCUUCCCCGCACACUUAAUUGAGGCUCAUGCUGCGGAGUGUGGUGAUGCCUCAAGUUCCAACGAAAGAUCUUCUCACCUUGUCCACAGUGAGAUUGCCACAGUGGCCAACACUAUAGUACAGAAAAGGUGGUGUUCCUGGGAGAAGCUGGAGUGGACACGGGGGCACUCAGAAAGGAGUUUCUGA